AACGCGAGUAGCGCUAUUUGAAUGUGGUGCCGCCAGGUGUUUUACUUGUUUUCAGAUUUUUUUGUUUACACGCAGUGCAUUUUGUGUGUUUUGUCUUUUUUCCCCUCGGUGACGGCAUUGAAUUUGGAGGAGAAUGACUCUGGCGACCCGUGCCGCUAAUGUCCGGGAUGUUGAAAACAUGGUGGCUCCAAAGUUGAAGUCUCAAGGAGAAAUGAAAAGAGCUGUAUUGGGUGAACUCUCCAACUGUGCUGGUGUCAAAGGAGGGCUGGUGAAGAAAACGGAGAGCUUUAAAGCAUCUGUCGUGAAGGGACCUCCUGUGGCAGCAACAACCAAGCCCACAGUAAAUAUAACUGUAAGGCAGAGGGCGGCUGCAACAAAAAAUAUUGUCCCAACAUCGACAAAAAACCCUGAGAAAGAGCUCUGCCAGGCUUUCUCAUGUGCUUUGCUGAAUGUGCAUGACAUUGAUGUCAAUGAUGCAGAAAACCCUCAGCUUUGUUCUGAGUAUGUGAAGGAUAUCUACCAGUAUUUAAGGCAACUUGAGCUGCAGCAGUCUGUUCGCCCAAGGUUUCUUGAGGGUCAGGAAAUCAAUGAACGUAUGCGAGCAAUUUUGCUGGACUGGCUGAUUCAGGUCCAUUCGAGGUUUCAGCUUCUGCAGGAAACCCUCUACCUGACAGUUUCUAUACUGGAUCGGUUUCUGCAGAGUCAGCCAGUCUCUCGUAAGAGGCUGCAAUUGGUUGGUGUGACUGCUAUGUUCAUUGCAUCGAAGUAUGAAGAAAUCUAUCCCCCAGGAGUCGGAGACUUUGUAUACAUUACUGAUGACACCUUCUCUAAAGCUCAAGUAUAUGAAAUGGAAAUCUUGAUCCUCCAAGUUCUAAACUAUGAAUUGGGUCGCCCUCUUCCACCACACUUUCUCAGACGGGCCUCAAAGGCUGGCAAUGCGGAUUCCAAAAAGCAUACCCUUGCCAAAUACCUCAUGGAACUUACUUUGCUGGAUUAUGAGAUGGCCCAUUAUCAUCCAUCUGAAAUUGCAGCUGCUGGGUUGUGUUUGUCCCAAAAACUUCUGGAUGGUAGCACAUGGUCACCAGUGCAGGUGUGCUAUACCAGCUAUUCCGCUGAGCAUCUAGAGCCCAUUAUACAGCACAUGGCCAAAAAUGUGGUCAAAGUAAAUGAAGGCCUCACAAAAUAUGUGGCUGUGAAGAACAAAUACUCGAGCAGCAAACUCCUGAAGAUCAGCACAAUCCAAGAGCUCAAAUCAACUUUUAUCAAGGAACUUGCUGCACCUCUCCUGAAAAGGAAUUAAUUCCACGUUAGCCCAGUUCCUGAAUGCACUUUCUGUACAGACUUUUAAAUUCUCAUGGGCAAUGGUUUUUCUGAUGUAAAUAGACUUUUAAAGUUUUUAUGUUCAGUUUUAUCCUUUUGUAAAAUAAACUUGAGUACCACUUUUCUCCC